GACCGUUAGUGAUGUAGGACGAUGCAUCAGAGGUGGCCUCGCUGUAAUGACAAUGCGAGCCGGUAAGCGGUCAGUGAAAUCUGUCGCGCGCCAAGUUUGCGUUCUGUAACCGCUAAUUAAACGUAAUUAGCACUGCAAAAAAGUGUUAUCAGCGUGUGUUUUGUGUUGUGAAUGGAUACAGAUCAACGUGAAUGUGCGUGAUAUAAAAAUGAAAGUGAAUGACAUAUGUGACUAAUUAACCACCAAACUUGGAUUAAUAAAUAUGCGCUCAGCUUCCAUCCUAAUUCCAGGUCCUGCAGCAGGGAACUUCAGGGUCUUCUGCCUGUUCCUUUAAUAACUGGAAGACGCAAGUGCGACCAGGACAGAAGACCAUUGCACUUUGGGCGCGUGGAUGUUCGUUCACACGCCUCGGAAUGGAACUGAAGGCCCGAGUGUCUUGUGGCUUGCAUGAGCGUCGAAGCUGUGCCUAGAAGUUCGAUUUAAUUUGACAUUAUUUUAGUAUUUGUUUAAUAAAUCACAAGUAUGCUGUGCAAACACGUUAGGGUGAGGCUGGCCGGUAUGUGCACCAAUACUUUAAGCCCUGGUCCACGAGGGAAAUGACCACGGAUGCGAAAUAUGACGUGAGGUGUCCCUCGCGUUGGUUCGUUUAAUCUGCAUUGUGGUGUGUUGUCAACAGACUUGGGUGGAUGACGUCUUAUGACGUCACGAGACGUCUCCGGGUUUUUCGGAUGUCGUGACCGCCAUGUUGAAACAUAUGUUGACAACAGUGGCGCCACCAUCCACAGCGGUGAUGAACGGAAGCGGGCUCCAUCCUGUGGCCAGAACUCAGCCGGACGGGAUAGUCGUGGUGACCGAUCUGUCAUCUGGCCCUCACGGGGGCCGUCUUCGCGGUGGUCCGACCCUUUUGUCUCAACACCAACCUCAGCUGAACCUCUCGCAAAGGUUAAAUCAUUCCCAUGCUUUGAAUGUGUCUACCCUAAGCACAUCGAAACAUUCAUUAGGGAAUUCUAGUGGAGCGAGUCCUGGCGGUAACGCGACUCUGAACAAUAUAACGAUGAAUGGACCUGUGACCCAGGUCGUGACUCCGCCAAAGAUGGCGAAUGGCGGUCUGCAUAUAUCCAGGGGUCACAGCGGUGGAAGCACGCUCAUUCCAGCCAACGUGUCCCGGUUCAUGACCAGGUCCAAAGAGGCUGGAAUCAGGGAGAUGCUGACGUCACUGGGCCUGUUGUGCCUCGUGUCCCUGCUCCUGGCUCUGUUGUCUCUCGUCUUCCUGCUCAAGAUCUCGCCGAUGACGACGGCGGACAUGCGGGACCUGCGCCGGACAGAGCAGCUGACGAUCAUCUCGGCCGACGAGUACGUAGUCGUGUACGAGGUGACCUUGGCGCUGUGCGCGCUAACACUGUCUCUGAACCUGUGCUGCCUCCUGGUGUGUGCCAUUCAGUUCCUGUUCGCAGUGAAGCUCGUUAAGUCCCCUCAAGGCGGGCAGAGAACGAAUAAGUACCUGCAAAAAUCUUCCAUCACUCGCGUGUGUGCAGUGGGCGGAUUCUUCAUUUCUAUCCCAGUCUUCCUCACAGGUAUUAUUCUGUACACCUUCAUCCAGUUCCACUCGACUCCAGCCAUCGUGACCAGCGUCUUUAUCGGGUUGGGCAUAAUCUUCUGUGGCUGUGCGAUGGUCCACAACGUCUUCGUCUGGCAGAAGGAGAAAACCAACGCAGUCAGGGCGCUGGCUCAACAACACCGCGAGGAAGAACAGCAGCAGGGCCAGUCGCUUCGACAGCCGACGCCCGUAGAGAUGAACAAACCGGCGCCGUGCCACCCUCGAGAUGCGAGCGGCAGUGUGAGUCCGGGGGUGCCAACUGCGACACUUGACCUCAGCUCCGUCACGACCGCCACUUCACCGCACGAGCUGUCGACACUCGUGUGAUUCAUCGCGACUUCCGCUUUGUAAUGUGGCGAUGAAGUGAUAGAAAGUGAAUUUUAACUUCAGGCAAAAUAACACCUACUUUUUGAUACAGCCUGUACAAAACGUAAAUGAAACUUUGCUCCGGCAAUGAAGAAAUGAUUUUAUCUUUUUCGUACGUUCUUUGACGAUCGAAGACAAUCUUCCUCGUGUGGAAUUUAGACUACGAAUACUUGCCGAUAGAAUUCGCGUGUUUUUGGCGUCACGUGUCAACAAAACGUCACUUACCUUCCUGUUAUCUGUGACUGAAGAUUAUAAAAGUAACGCAUCGAUCUUUGUCUCUUGGAUUAUUUAAUGACGUUAUAUUUAUUGGCAUUAUACAAUUUUCUUUUGUGGAAGAUUAUGAAGUCAGUUGAAAGGAUUGGGGCGAACGCCCCUUCUUCAUCACGAAUUAAGCCCCUCGACCAAUCGUGGCCCUGGGAUUUUAUAACUGACGAGUCCUUCCCCUUGGAGUUGUCUUCUUGAAUUAUUUCUCCAUUUUAGUUUGUAUUUUAAUCUUUCAAUUGUCUUCUUGCUCAGUUAAAAGUCGUCGUGGCUGUUUGUGGGCGAUGACUCAGAACUAAACUGAUCUGAUUUUAGAACGUCACAGGAAUUUUGAUUUUAAUGUGGGUGUGAAGUUUAUACAGUAGUUGGCAAACAAGUUUGCUGGUAGAAGGUGCACGGGAAAUGGCCGAGGAAAUGAGGCGCGACAGACGGCCCAUUUUGAAUGCCGUGUGCAAAAACCAGAUUGUUUCUACGCUCGCUCGUUUGGCUUCUGCUGUAUGAAGGGAGAUCCUUCGGUCAAUAACACGACCAGACUUUAAUUUCACCACUGAGAGAGCCCUCUAUGUAAAAAGGCACUACAAAUAAACUUCACGGCUAUUUUCCA